AUGGAACAACCUAAUCCAACUGGCUUGAGGUUCUUUUCCUUAGGUGGUGGUAAUGAGGUCGGUAGAUCAUGUCACAUCCUUCAAUAUAAAGGUAAAACUAUUAUGUUAGAUGCAGGUGUUCAUCCUGCUUACCAAGGCCUUGCAUCCUUACCUUUCUAUGAUGAAUUUGAUUUAUCUACAGUUGAUAUACUAUUGAUUUCACAUUUUCAUUUAGAUCAUGCAGCAUCGUUACCUUAUGUCAUGCAAAGAACUAACUUUAAUGGUAGAGUGUUUAUGACACAUCCAACUAAAGCUAUUUACAGAUGGUUAUUAAAAGAUUUCGUCCGUGUUACGAGCAUUGGUGGUUCUCCUAAUGAGAAAGAUGAUAAUUUAUACACAGAUGAAGAUUUGUCUGAAUCCUUUGAUAGAAUAGAGACUAUUGACUAUCAUUCAACCAUGGAUGUCAAUGGUAUUAAAUUUACGGCCUUUCAUGCAGGUCAUGUUCUUGGUGCUGCCAUGUUUCAAAUAGAAUUGGGAAGUUUGAGAGUUCUCUUUACAGGUGAUUAUUCUCGUGAACUGGAUCGUCAUUUGAAUUCUGCUGAAAUCCCGCCAUUAGCUUCUGAUGUUUUAAUCGUGGAAUCGACUUUUGGUACUGCCACACAUGAACCUCGUUUGAGUAGAGAAAAGAAAUUAACACAACUGAUUCAUAGUACUGUAACCAAGGGAGGCCGUGUUUUAAUGCCAGUUUUUGCAUUAGGUAGAGCCCAAGAAUUAAUGUUAAUCCUAGAUGAAUACUGGUCUCACAAUGAAGAAGAAUUGGGAAAUGGUCAAGUGCCGAUCUAUUAUGCUUCUAACCUAGCCAAGCGUUCUAUGAGUGUCUUCCAGACAUAUGUUAAUAUGAUGAAUGAUUCUAUUCGUAAAAAAUUCAGAGAUUCAAAAACAAACCCAUUCAUUUUUAAAAAUAUUUCAUAUUUGAAAAAUAUUGAUUCCUUUCAGGAUUUUGGUCCUUCCGUGAUGCUAGCUGCACCAGGUAUGUUACAAAAUGGUUUAUCUAGAGAUUUAUUGGAAAAAUGGUGUCCUGAACCUAAAAAUAUGGUAUUAAUAACUGGUUAUUCUGUUGAAGGUAGCAUGGCGAAAUAUCUGAUGUUAGAACCUGAAAAUAUUCCAUCUGUUAAUAAUCCCGAAGUGAAUAUCCCAAGAAGAUGUCAAGUAGAGGAAAUCUCAUUUGCUGCUCAUGUUGAUUUUCAAGAAAACAUUGACUUUAUUGAGCAGAUAAGAGCGUCAAAUAUUAUAUUAGUUCAUGGUGAAUCCAAUCCUAUGGGUAGAUUGAAAUCAGCUUUGUUAUCUAACUUUUCCAGUACGAAAGGUACAGAAGAUGAAGUUCACGUAUUUAAUCCACGAAACUGCGCAGACGUGAUCCUUGAGUUCAAAGGUGUAAAAGUGGCCAAAGCUGUUGGAACAAUUGUGGAAGAGAUCCAAAAAGAAGAAAAGGAAAUAAAAGAAGAAAAAGAAAUAAGAGAAGAAGAUGCAAAUAUCAAAUCUGAGACCAGUGAUGUGAAACUAGAAAAAAGUGAUGAAAAAAUAAUACCCAAAGAAGGAAAACAAAAUGAUGAUAACGAAGGAGUUAUUAUUUCUGGUAUUUUAGUAUCUAAUGAGAAGAAUUUUGAUCUAAAUUUAGUAUCACUUGAAGACCUAAGAGAGCAUUAUUCCGAAUUGUCUACGACUGUUCUGAGAGAAAGACAAUCUGUUCAAGUAAACUGUAGAAAAGAAUUAAUUUAUUGGCAUUUAUGCCAGAUGUUUGGUGAUAUUAGCGUGCUUGAAGAUGAAGAUGAAAUAACUAACGUAGUUGAAAACGGUGAAACGGAGAAAAAAAUCAAUGAUGACAUGGGAAGACUAGUUCUUGAAAUUAUGAAUGACUUAAAGUUGACUGUAGUUAACCAUGUCGCUACAUUAGAAUGGAUUCAAGGUCUCAUAAGUGACAGUGUUGCAGACUCUAUUAUAGCCAUUCUGAUGAGUGUCGAUUCAACUCCAGCAAGUGUCAAAAGAAGUAGUAAUAGUUGUAACCACAACCAUACUCAUGGAAAUACACUACAAAUAGAACAAACUGAUGAUGUUUGGAAAAUAAAGCAAAUAUCAAAACUUUUCACUCGGCAGUUCGGUGAUUCUUUUACUUUACUUCUAGGAAAAAAUAAUUCUGAUAAUAUCAAGAAAGAAGAGAAUACUGAAGUUAAACAAGAAACUGACGAUAUAUUUGGAAUGGUCACUAUCGGUAAAAAUACAGCUCGUAUCAAUUUUUCAAAAAUGAAAAUAGUAGAAUGCAAUUCCAAUCCAUUAAAGGGCAGAGUGGAAAGUAUAAUGAAUAUUGGUACUGACCUAGUAGCAUCAUUGUGUUGA